AUGUAUAUAAUCAAUCAUCAUCAAGCAUGCACAAUCCACAAGCCAAAACCAUACAGUAUCAGGAACCAAACCUCACUGAAAACUAAAGCACAGAUUCACAUAAUAUUCAAGGAAAUGCGGAGUGCAAAUACCUCAGAGUUUGAUGAUUUCGCUCUCUUGGAGUCGAUUCAACAGUAUCUACUUGAUGAUAAUAAUUUCGAAACACUAACAAGUAUCCCACCUGUUAAUUCAUGCAAAGAAUCAAGCUUUUCUAGUCUCCUCUUCACUGAUACCUGCAGUGAUUUUCCCUUCAAGGUAAACGAUACAAGUGACAUGAGCAUUUUCACUGCUCUAUCUGAUGAAGGAAGCAUUACUAAUAAUCAGUUUGAUCCAACGGCCACGGAUACAACAAUGGCGACGGCCAUCAAACCGGUGGAGCACGAUGCGGUUGCUAGUCCAGAAGGUGUGGUGGUCACUACUCCAAAAGUUGUGUCGGUGCGUAAGAAUAACGCAGAGUCUAAAGGAUGGCAGUAUAAAGGAGUGAGGAGAAGGCCGUGGGGGAAAUACGCAGCGGAGAUAAGAGACCCGAAGAAAAAUGGUGCUAGGGUUUGGCUUGGAACUUAUGAAACGCCUGAGGAUGCGGCUCUGGCUUACGACCAAGCAGCUUUUAAGCUUCGCGGCUCCAAAGCGAAGCUAAAUUUUCCUCACCUCAUUGGCUCUAGCGAUUACCAGGCUCCAGUGAGAGUUAACCCCAAGCGGCGAUCACCGGAUCCUACCACAAUGUUGGAGAGUGGCUCGCCUAAGCGGACAAAAUGAGGGAUUAAGCCGACCUCUGCAUAUAUCUCUGGACUUUAUAUCGUAGGAGAAUUUGCCACUGUUAUUUUUGAUUUUCUGUGUUUAUUCCAUUGUAGCAAAGAUAGACCCAACCCUGGCACCGCAAAAUCAAUUCAAUAGUCUCCAGGCGAGUUAGCGGUCAAUUAGUUUUCUUUGUCUCCUUCAUUCUGAUUAAUAAAUCCGAAUACUUGA